UAUGCAUUCUCGUUCUGAUGAGGAGGGUGAGGAGGGUGAGGAGGGGGAGGGAAGGGAUAGGGAUGAUGCGUCGAUUGUCUCCUACGAGGAUGAAUUGGGGCGGACCAGGCGCGGGACCAGGGCUGAGGCGGCGGAAGCGGCCAGAGUGAAGAAGCAGCAGCUGGAGGAGGAGGAAGAUGGCCGUCACGAGGCCGGGGAGAGGUGGCGGCCCCGUCGGCCGGAGAACCUCAUCUAUGGGGAGACUGUGCAGAGCGAGGCGUUCAACCCGGAUGCGAACGUCGCGGCGCACAUGGCCUACCUGGCGAAACGCCGGGAUCGCUCGGUGACCCCGCCGGAGGAGACCCAUUACGAUGCCGAGGCCGAGGUCAGGAACCGCGGCACCGGGUUCUAUGCCUUCGCCAGGGAUGAGGAAACUAGGAGGCGGCAGAUGGAGGAGCUGCGCGCCGCGAGGGAGGAGACGCAGAGGGAGAGGGAGGAGAAGCAGCAGCGGCGCGCGAGGAGGGAGGAGGCGAGGAGCGAGAGGCGCGUCAAGGUCGACGAGUUGAGGUCCAAGAGGCGCGCUGAGAUGUUCCUGGCCGGGUUGGGCGACGUCGGCGUGGUAUGAAUUACUUCCACCCAAAUUUCGCAUUCGUGCUGGCGUUGCGUGUUUGCUUCUCUAGAGAUACCCAUCGAACUCUUAAUCAUUCAUGACAUUAAAAGAAUUUAGGUCCACGGAGUAAUCAAGGGGUAUCAUUGCCUGGUCUGAGACCAGCUUAUGUAUAUAUAGCACAUGCCACCGCCACGGUCAUUCCGACAACAAACAGGAAACCUCCGGAUUAACUCUUAGUGGUCAUCAAUCAU